AUGGAUUACCUUCGAAUCCUAGAGCAGCUGAUGAAGCUAAGAAGAUACUUCCGAAAUCUUUGUCUAUAUAUAUUAGAAGACUUUUGGCUACAAGGACCCGGUCAAUUUCUGCUUGGAAACUCUAAACCAUCAAUAGCGGAUCUCAGCUUAGUAUGUGAAAUCAUGCAACUAGAGUUUCUAAGUGAGAGGGACUACCUUAGAAUAUUAAGUCCUUACAAGAAAGUUUUGCAGUGGAUUAAAGAUACAAAGAAUGCUACUGCGCCUUAUUUUGAUGAAAUCCAUAUGACUCUGUUUAAUGCUCAAAAAGGAAUCCGAGAGCAGAUGCUCACACAAUCAAUUAGUAGCCCUGAGGGUGGAAGCAAAAGUGAAGUGUAUUCAGAGAUGUGAGGGAG